GAAUUUAUUUGCAGAAAAUCUUCUGAAAUUUGUCCUUCAUUAAAUAAUAAGGGCCCGUUUUUGUCGGAAUUUUUCUAAAAAAAACUACAUUUUUGCGUAAAAAAAUAAUAGUUUCCUUUUAAUUUCUGUGCUGUUGGGGGGAGUGACCAAUCAGCUGUCAUGUCUCUGUUGUAUAUCCACUAUUUUCCUAGAAUAAGUUUCCUAAAAGUGCCAUUCUUCUCCAAGCGUCCACCAAAUAUUUCCAAGACCUUUGUUCCGAAUAUUCCGAAGACCUUUUGUUAAUAACUUUAUUACAUUUUAUUACUUCAAUCCUCCAGACGCCGCGACCCCGACAAAUCGUUUUAUCAUCCUUUUCUUAUCUCUCUGUACCCCAACUUGAUCAUAAUUAUUCCAACAGUACAGAGUAACAUCUAUUCAGGGAGAUAUCCAAAGUAUUCAAACAGUACUUGUAUUUUAGUCUAUAAAUAAAAAUUUCGUGUUUAAGUUGAAGUUAUUAUUUUCUUCAAUCAGGAAUCCAACAUAUCACGGUAGAACAUCUGCUUCGAUUCUUUAUUUGAGUACACAGAGCACGGAGGGUGUCCGUUUAUGUACGUAGAGGUUAGGGGCCUGAUAAAAGAUAAAAAAUGUGGGGUUUUUACUAGAGCUCAUCACCAUGUUGCUCAACACAGUCCGACACUUGUCUUUGAAAUCUCGAGUUUUUCACACUGUCGAGGGCUCAUGGACUAAAUCGCAUUUGUUUAAAGGGAUUCUUAAGGUGUUCCAUUCAACAAUGGAAAGACCGAAGAUACUGAUAACUCGUAGCGAUGUACCACAGGCUGGGAUCGAUCUUUUGAGCAAGACGUGUGACGUCAAAAUAUGGGACAAAACAGAGCCGAUCCCAAGAGCAGACCUCCUCUCGAUGAUUCGUGGGGUCGAUGGAGUGUUUUGUCUCUUAACUGACAAAAUUGAUGAGGAAAUUCUCUCAGCGGCUGGGCCACAGCUGAAGGCAGUGGCAACCAUGUCCGUGGGGUACGAUCACUUGGACUUGAAAGCCCUGAAGGCCCACAACAUCCGAGUGGGCUACACCCCAGGAGUUCUGACUGAUGCGACAUCGGAAUUAGCUGUCGCCUUGCUAUUGGCCACUUCCCGGAGGAUCUGCGAGUCUGCACAGGCCUUGAGAGCGGGAAAAUGGACCUCCUGGUCUCCCUCCUUCAUGUGUGGUCCAGGUCUCGCGAAUUCGACAGUUGGAAUAGUCGGUCUAGGGAGAAUUGGAUUCAGAGUCGCUGAAUAUCUGAAAUCAUUUCGACUAUCUCGAAUUCUCUACACUAGCAGAACUGAAAAGCCAGAGGCUAUGGUGUUCGGUGGUCAACAUAGGGCUCUGGACACCCUGUUAGCUGAAAGUGACUUUGUGAUUGCAACGAUUGCUCUGACUUCAGAAACCAGGGAGAUGUUCAAUAAAAGUGCCUUCAGCAAAAUGAAGAAGACUGCGAUUUUUAUUAAUGUCAGUAGAGGGGAAAUUGUGGAUCAGCCAGCGUUAAUAGAUGCCCUGAAGAAUGGGACAAUCAGAGCUGCUGGACUUGAUGUCAUGACCCCUGAACCCAUUCCACUGGAUCACGAGCUGUUGAAGCUUGAUAAUUGUGUACUGGUACCUCAUAUCGGAAGUGCAGCACUCGAAGCCAGAGAAAAAAUGUCGAUAAUAACUGCUGAGAAUAUUCUGGCUGUUCUCGAGGGAAAACCGGAGAAAAUGCCAGCCCCUCUGCAGCUUUAGUGUCCUUUUUAUGAAAUGAUGAUAAAAAAUCAUUCCUGAAAUACUAAAACGCAUUGUAUUGUCCCUCCACUACUUUUGUGAGUCUUUUGUAAAAGAAUAUUAUUUAAUUAUAUACAUGAAUGAAUUUAAUAAUUAA